AUGAGUGGUUUGGGUGUAGUAGAGUGGCUUAGACCUCUUGUUGAGACCAAUGUUUGGGAUUAUGUUGUUGUUUGGAAAUAUGGGGAUGACCCAACUAGGUUUAUUGAGUGGAUAGGUUGCUGUUGUAGAGGGAGUUGCAGUAUGAACACUGGUGUGGUGAAGUCCAAAGAGGAAAAUGGUAAAGUAUGCCACUUGGCUCCCGUUUGCAGGGAUAAUUAUCUUCAGCAUCAUGUUAGAACAAAGGCUUGUGAGGCUCUUGCUCAACUUCCUUUUGCAUUGUCUCUCUAUUCUGGUGUGCAUGGAGAGGUUGCCAUAUCUCAACAAUCAAGAUGGAUUACCAAGGAUUCAAUUGGAACCCAAGUUUUGAUCCCUAUUGUUGGUGGUCUUAUUGAGCUCUUCACUGAAAAGCUGAUUCCAAUGGAUAUGAAUAUCAUAGAGUUCAUCACAGCACAUGGCUGUGUCUCUUUAAAGCAAGAAGCCAUAUCUGCACAGAGCUACACCAGUCUGAACAUCAUUGAACAUCUCCCAUUAAGGGAACAGUACUCACAUUGGUGGCUACCACACAUGUCAACAACUUUAACUCCUAGUGUCCUUCAUCAUGAAACAAAACAGUGCACCUCCCAUCCUAGCAUUGAAGGACCCCCCAGUGGGUCUAAUCCUUCAACUGAAGAACCAUCAUUUGAUUCAAAGUGUGUUGGUCUGAUCCCAGAUGAGUAUCUAAAGCAAUCAGUUAAAAUAUCUCCUAUCCCCAAAACUAAAAUACCCAGGUACAACAAAACAUCGGGGAAACAGCAGAGAGGUUUGAGUUCCCAUUGUAGCAAUGGGGAACAAGGUAAAUCAAAAUUGGUCAAGGAGCCUCAGAAGGAAGGGUACCAGGCUAAAAAUCUUGUCACAGAGAGGAAUAGGAGAAAUAAGAUUAAAAAAGGGCUUUUUACUCUGCGGUCUUUGGUCCCAAAGAUAACCAAGAUGGAUAGAGCUGCAAUUCUUGCAGACGCAGUUGACUAUAUAAAGGAAUUGCAUACAACGAUGAAAGAACUAAAAGAUGAGGCCAGGGUUUUGGAAGUACAGGACUGUGACAAAAACCCACCACAAUUGAGGAAGCCAACGGGCAAAGAACAAGAAGGAACCACAAUUGACCCUCUUAAUCAAAGUUCUUCUGAUUGCACUAAAAAGAUGCAGAUGGAGCAGGUGCAAGCAGAAGUGCACCACAUUAGCAAGAAAGAUUUCUUGAUUAAGUUAUACUGUGAGCAGAAGCAAGGUGGGUUCUCAAAGUUGAUGGAAGCUAUACAUUCAAUUGGACUACAGGUGGCUAGUGCCAAUAUGACCACAUGUGAUGACAAAGUCCUGAGUAUUCUGACGGUUAAGGCAACCAAGAAGGAUAUUCACCCAACUAAACUGAAAGAGUAUUUAAUACAAAAGACAAGCGAUGCUAGACAAAGUCGGUAA